CGUGUGGAAGUCACCAUCGCUCGAAAGAGACGGAAUCUUCCCAAAAUUAUGGAAAUUAUUAUGAUAUGGCCUGCACCGUCAAGAUAGAGAACGGAUUACACUGUACGGGUUGAUUCGCCACAAUCUGACGGACCUAAAGAAUUAGGUAGAACCGAAAUUUGUUCAAAGUGUUUGUGUGGGACACAUACACACACUCACUGCAGUAGCGAGAAGUAGCAAGUCAAACUCAGGAGAUUAUGAGGAAACAUUUAAUAGGCGCUUUCAGACGAAGUUUAGUCGGUUCUUUUUGCUGAUAUGGUGGCAUUUUACACAAUAUAAACGUGGAUUUAGAGUAGUCUGGGAUCUGGAGAAACACGGACUUUUUAUCUGGGGGUUCAAAUUCAAAUUUCCCUCCUUUUUUAAAUCCAGGGACACUGAUGUGAGUUGGAAUUCACUUUAGCCAGUUAGCUAACCUCUUUGGCAAUAUCAUUUAGGUCUCGGGGUGAAAAUCCACACAAAUGUUCCCACGGGGACCAAAAGGGAAACCUUUGUGUGAUUACUUCUGAUUUUGUUUGUAAAAAAAAAAUCACACUCACUUAGAGAUAUCAUAGUUUUAGGGGGAGAUUUAACAUUUUGCUUAUUAGGGAAAUAACGAUACUGGAAACGCAGCAUGGAUCCACAAUCCGGGAAUUCAGCAUCUGCCGGUGUUUCUAAAAGUGGCAAAGAUAAGAAAUCGAAGAAAACUUACGAGGAUGGGGACAGCAAGAAGAAAUUCACCCUCAAAAGAUUGUUCCCCGACGAGCUGGAGAGGUUCACCAGCAUGCGGAUGAAGAAGGAGAAAGAGAAGGGCGCGGUGCCUUCGCACAGACACUCGACUGCCGCUCAGUAUGAGCUCUCGGGUCAGAGCGCCAUGAUGCAGGAGUACACGGAUGAGUACGUCCUCGAGCUCUUCGAACAGAUGCUGGUGGAUAUGAAUCUAAAUGAGGAGAAACAGCAGCCCCUGAGACAGAAGGACAUAAGUAUUAAGAGAGAGAUGGUGUCUCAGUACCUACACACGUCAAAAUCAGGCCAGAGCCAGAAGGAGAGCUCUAGGUCUGCGGUGAUGUAUAUUCAAGAGCUGAAGAACGAUCUCAGAGAAGCACAGCUGUUGAGUUGUCUGGAGUCCCUGCGUGUGUCCCUAAACAAUAACCCAGUCAGCUGGGUUCAGACUUUUGGAGAUGAAGGGUUGGCUCUGCUGCUGAACUUUUUAAAGAAACUCCAGGAAGACAAAGAUGAAUACUCAAACCAGGGCAUUGGGGUCAAAUGUCAACACGAGAUCAUCCGCUGCCUAAAAGCUUUCAUGAACAAUAAGUAUGGUCUGAAAGCCAUGCUGGUGUCAGAUGAAGGCAUUCCUCUGCUGGUCCGUGCUAUGAAUCCCAGAGUUCCUCACAUGAUGGUGGAUGCAGUUAAACUGCUCUCUGCUAUCUGCAUUCUAGAGCAUCCUGAGAACCUACAUGAGCGUGUGUUGGAGUCGAUCACUGAGCUAGCAGAGGAGCGGGAUAUUGAGAGAUUUCAACUUCUGAUUUCAGGGAUGCAGAAGUCCAACAUUGCACUCAAGGGUGGCUGUAUGCAGUUGAUAAAUGCUCUGAUCAGUCGAGGGGAGGAGCUGGAUUUCAGAAUCCACAUCCGCUCUGAGUUGAUGCGACUGGGCCUUCGAGACCUACUGAAUGAUGUGAUGUCUAUAGAGAAUGAGGAACUGCGGGUGCAGCUCCAGGUGUUUACUGAGCAGGCGGAGGAAGACUCUGAAGACCUUAAGGCCCGGCUAGAUGACAUACGUUUGGAGAUGGACGAUUUGUCGGAGGUGUUCCAGAUAGUCAUGAAUACGGUGAAAGACUCAAAAGCCGAAACUCACUUCCUGUCUCUCAUGCAGCACCUGCUACUCGUGCGUAACGACUACAUGGUCAGACCGCAGUACUAUAAGUUGAUAGAUGAAUGUAUUGCUCAGAUUGUUUUACGGAAGAAUGGAUGUGAUCCAGACUUUAAGUGCAAGAACCUGCAGUUGGACAUUGAAGGACUGAUAGAUAACAUGGUGGACCAGACCAAAGUGGAGAUGAGUGAAGCCAAGGCUAUUGAACUGGAGAAAAAGCUGGACACUGAGGUGACUGCACGUCAUGAGCUGAUGGCGGGGAUGAAGAAGGUUGAGACAGACUAUGAGCAGCGCGUUCAGGAACUCAGCACAGAGAAAGAAAAGAUCAGCAACGAGAAGCAGGAGAAAGAGAAAGAAAACCAAGGAUUAAAAAAUGACAUCAGUGAACUCAAGGAGACGAUAGAAAAGCUGUCUAAAGAUCUCGAGGAGGCAAAGAAUAAAGUGGUCACUGUCACCGUCCCCGUGCCUGUAAAUCCACCUCCCGCUCCUCCACCUCCGCCUCCCCAAUUAGGACAGGGCGCUCCUCCUCCCGGGCCUCCUCCACCCCCCAUGCCCGCUUGCAUGCCAAGUGGCCCCAGUGACCCAAAAAUGCCCCCACCACCUCCGCCACCACCUCUGCCAGGCAUGCCUCCUCCCCCACCUGCGCCGCCUUUGCCUGGAAUGCCGGGACCUCCUCCUCCACCUCCUUUGCCUGGGAUGCCAGGGCCUCCUCCUCCACCUCCUUUACCUGGUAUGCCUGGUCCUCCUCCUCCACCUCCUCUCCCAGGAAUGCCAUGCCCCCCACCCCCUCCACCUUUACCUGGUGGUCCAGGUAUGCCCCCACCUCCUCCACCCCUGCCCGGUGGUCCUGGAAUACCACCUCCACCCCCCGGCAUGCCUGGCAUGCCACCUCCACCCCCAGGUGGAUUUGGAGGGUGGGCCUCUGCACCUCCCGCAUUGCCUUUUGGACUUCAACCCAAAAAAGAGUACAAACCAGAGGUCCAGUUAAAGAGAGCUAACUGGAAUAAGAUCGCACCAGAUGCUUUGUCUGAAGACAGUUUCUGGACCAAAGCUAAAGAAGAUCGUUACGAAAGCAAGGAACUCUUCGCCAAACUCACCCUAGCCUUCUCCUCACAGACCAAGACAGAGAAGAGUAAAAAAGAGCAGGAUGGAGCAGACGAGAAAAAAAUGGCUCAGAAGAAGAAGGCAAAGGAACUGAAGAUUCUGGACUCCAAAACCUCCCAGAACCUCUCUAUCUUCCUGGGGUCCUUCAGGAUGCCCUAUGAAGAGAUUAAAAAUGUCAUCCUGGAGGUCAAUGAGUCUGUUCUCACUGAAAACAUAGUGCAGAGUAUGAUAAAGUUGUUGCCGGAGCCAGACAUCCUGAGUCAGUUGGCAGAGAUGAAAGACGAGUAUGAUGACCUGGCUGAGUCUGAACAGUUUGGAGUAGUGAUCAGUUCGGUGAAGCGGCUGAAGUCUCGCUUGAACGCAAUCCUGUUUAAACUGCAGUUUGAAGAGCAGAUCAAUAACGUGAAACCCGAUAUCGUCGCUGUGACUGCGGCGUGUGAAGAAAUGAAAAACAGUGAAAAUUUCUCGAAACUACUGGAGCUCAUUCUGCUGAUUGGAAACUACAUGAACGCAGGAUCACGCAAUGCCAAAUCGUUUGGCUUCGGCAUCAACUACCUCUGCAAGCUGAGGGACACUAAGUCAGCGGAUCAGAAACAGACUCUGCUCCACUUCCUGGCUGAGACGUGUCAGGAGAAGUACCCUGAGGUCAUGAAUUUCACCAAGGAUCUCACCCACGUAGAGAAGGCCAGCAGGGUUUCUGCGGAGAUGUUGCAGAAGAACCUGGCUCAGAUGGGCAAGCAGAUCCAGGAUUUGGAGAAGGACGUGGAGACUUUCCCCCCACCUCAGAAUGACAAAGACAAAUUCACAGAAAAAAUGACUAGUUUUGUGGGCCAGGCGCGAGAGCAGUAUGAGAAACUGCAGCUGAUGUAUGAGAACAUGGAGAAACAGUACGAAGGACUGGGCAAGUAUUUUGUCUUUGAUCCUAAAAAGGUGACCCCAGAGGAGCUCUUCGCUGACCUCAACAACUUCAGAAAUAUGUUCCAGCAAGCGGUGGUAGAGAAUCAGAAACGGAAAGAAUCGGAGGAGAAGAUGCGCAAGGCCAAGCUGGCCAGAGAGAAGGCCGAAAAAGAGAAAGAGGAGAGACAAAAGAAGAAUCAACUGCUGGACAUCAACGCAGAGGGAGAUGAGACCGGUAUCAUGGAUGGCCUGUUGGAGGCGCUGCAGUCUGGAGCCGCGUUCAGGAGAAAGAGAGGACCCAGACAAGCAGCCAUUCGAAGAGCUGGCAAUGCAGUGACCAACAUUCUGGCCAAGGAGCUGCUACAGGAAGAUCCCUCACCUACGAGUGUCAAGCCCAAAAAGACCCGACUAGACAGUGAGGCCAAGAAAGGGGAGCUUUUGGACGAGGCAGGAUCACUGGAGGACCUCUUAGAUGCCACCCCUUCCCGCUCCAAUUAGGCCGCUCUCUCUCCUGGCCACGCCCCUCGUGGUUUAAUUGGACCGGGGGAUUUAGACAGACCCUUACGAGGGGCCAAAUUGUGGGGGCAGGGCUCUCACAUAACCACGCCUCCAUCUAAAAUGAUUAAGAAUGAUUAAGACUGUCCACACUGGUCUUGGCCACCCUGAAGGAGAAGCUUUAACUCAGGAGUGCCUUGUCUUCUAUCAUGCACUUAUGUGCUGUCGUACUGCACUUCUUCUCA